AAUAUUUAAUGAUUUUCAACUACUUGCAGACAUUAUGAAGAAAUCCAAGAGUUCAUUUACUGUUUGAACUACACCAGACACUCAAACUGGCCUACUUUACUCUACAUGGAAAGCGAAAUUCCCGUUUUCACCUCACAGAAUACAAUCAUGAAAUAGAGUAACAGUGGGUCGCUCUUUGUUCAGAAGCAACGGAGGAACGCCGCAGCUAUCAAUGACGGAAAUGCACAGUCGCUUCCAUCUCUGUCUGAAAUUUCCUCAGCUGUGUCAUGAUGAGGGAUGGGAGUUACAGGUGAAAGAGUGAGGGAUGCAGAAGAGCGAUGAGAGAAGUGCAGAUGGGGAUGAUGUGGGUCUGUGCUGUGGAUGGGAAAUUGCAGAAAGGGUUGAUGGUGAGGGGUCAGUAGCGGUAGUAACUGCAGCUACCUGUAGAUCUACUCAGCAGCGUGGUCCUCUUCUGCGCAUGCUCAGAAUCAAUUCGCUCAGACUUCAGUCGCUCCGUCGGUCUCAACCAAGACGUGUCGUUGGCACACUUCAAAACUAGAACUGGUUUUUCGUGAAAAGUCGUCGGGAAAUUUCCAUUUUGAGCAACUUGUAGCCAACAACUGAUAAUUACCUAUGUGUAUUCGGUUCUAUUGAAUAAGUGGAAUUUGUUUCGCCGUGUGUCCAGUUUAGCAGAACGUAGUGAAUUGUUCUGAAACAAAUAAUAUUAUAUUUUUGGGAAUAGUGUGGAAUUUUCGGAAAACUGAAUGUUUUGUGACAAUGUGAAUAUUGUUGAGUGUUAAUCUCUGCUGCAAAUUAUCGAGCUCUCCAAGGUAGUGGCGACAGGUAGGCCUAGUGAUGGAUGGUCGAGGUGCUUUCAGACGUAAGCGCGGCCGGCUGGUGCGGUGGGAGCGCGUGUGUGAGUGGAGCCAGCAGGCUCACUUCAGUCCGUGGGAUGUGUUCGUCAGAGACUCCCUGCUGCAAAUCGCCUGGCCCAUGUCUCUAUCAGCUGAGGUCGACAUGUUCGGAGACCAUGGGUCUGUCAAGCUCAGGUGAGUCUCUACAACUAAUAAGCUUACCAGCUCUACUAGUCUCUCCUGAAUCAAAGUGAGUGUUAACAUUUCACAUAGCUUGUACUCACAACUUUUAUCCAUCAUUUUUCAUGUACAAUUUCAUCUCAUCCUUGAUCUUGAAUUCUCUUUUUCAGUUUUGAAUA